AUGAAUGCUCACGAUGAAUAUCAACUUUUAUUGGGCACUGGCACCAGCCCAGAGUCGGACCAGAUGGAACCUACAUCGAAAUCACAGAAGCUGACCGUGAUGAUUGCAGCAUGCACACUUGUCCUCGCCAUGGAUUUUGGCUUCUAUCUAACUGCUGCACCCCAAACAGAGGUCUUCGAGAAUAUCAUCUGUCAGAACUACAUGGCUGCUUUAGGAGAGCACGCAGAUAAAACUUCAACAGAGGAUAUUUGUAAGUCUAAGCCUGUGCAGAGUGAACUGGCCCUGGUGAAUGGAUGGAAAGAUACGUCGGAUGUCUUAGCAGGAAUUCUUCUUUCCGUUCCAUAUGGUGUCUUAGCGGACCGCUGGGGGCGUAAACCGGUUCUUCUUCUGGGGAUCCUGGGGGGUUCUUCUUGGGGAAACCUGGGUCCGUAUUGUAUAGCAACUGCCUUGUUCCGCAUUACCAGUGCUACUCUUUUGGCUGAAGCCCUAGCAACUCCGGUCAGCGCGUACCUCAUGACUCGUGAUCCAUGGAUUCCAUAUAUGCUUGGACUUGGAAUUGCCACACUCGGAGCAUUCAGUGCAUAUUUCAUGCCAGAAACAUUAAGCAAAGCGAAACCUGAGACUUCCACGGAGACCAGACUCGCCAAUGAAGAGACGCAAUCACAAGACUCACAAUCGACUUCAAAGUACUACUCGAUAAGGCGAUUUAUCAUAGGCAAGUUACGGGAUCUUCAAAGGUCGACUCGGUUUAUCAUGGGCAAUCCAGAUAUUAGUGCCUGUCUCUUUGUAGUGUUCAUCACAUCCAUCACCAAGCAGUCAACAAGUCUUCUUCUACAGUUUACGUCAAAAAGGUUCCAUAUGACUAUUGCCAAGGCUAGUCUCCUUAUUUCAGUGCGCGGCUCCAUCACAUUGGCAAACUUCAUAGUCCUCAUGCCAGCAGUGUCCUUCUUAAUCACACGCUAUUUCCAUCUUGAGGGCAAUUUGAGGGAUCUGCGAUUAGCACAAAUCCUUUGUCUUAUUUCUGCUCUUGGCUUCAUAAUCAUGUCAGAGGCCAUCUCCUGGGCGAUGUUGAUCAUGGGCGUUGUUCUUCUCUCGUUAGGCGCUGCCUUCGCAGUGUUUGGCCGCAGUUUUAUGACAUCGCUGGUUCCAUCAGAGCAUAUAGGGACACUGUAUUCAUCUGCUGCAGCUCUCACAUCACUGGGGAUGAUGAUUUCCGGUCCAUUUUUGGCUUAUAUGUUUCGUUGGGGUCUUGAACUAGGGAGGUCAUGGCUUGGACUGCCAUUUAUUCUGGCGGGGGCAUUAUAUUUCCUUGGUUUUGGUUUUCUGAUCUGGUUGAAGGUUCCUCAGGCUGAUGAUGUUUGUGAAGAGUAG